CUCCACUCCCUUCGCCCCACCUUUUUUUUUUUUGUUUUUUUUUUGUUUUUUUUUGUGUGUGUGUGCGUUUAAAUCCAGACUUUUUAUCCUGGACGACUUCAGUCGAUCCUCCACUAUCGCAGGAUCCAGUCGCCAUCCCAUGCGCUGGAUUUGCAAUUGGUCAAGUGCGUCUCUGUGUGCGUCCUGAUUGACAAUCAAAUGCCCAGGAAAACAAACGAUUAAAUCAGAUCAAAGUGAAAACGAAUCCUGAAAUCACCGCUGGAAAACGGCGAUCCAGCGCGGAUGCAUUUCAUUGCCUACAACCUUGAAAGGCUACUGUUGUAAAAGAGUACGCGCAAACAGUAAAAGAGAGCCAAGAGAGAAAGAGAGGACAGUGAUUACAAAACAAACGGCCGGUGGGAGCAAAUCCCGAAGGCAGUUGAAAACAUACAAAGUGAGUUCCUAGUUGGGAACGAGGCGGGCAAAAAAAUGGAGGCCAACAUUUCUGGCUUCGUGUGCUGCCUAGUUGCCGCCUUGCUCUUCGCCAACACGUGGCAAGGCGAUUUCGUCUACGACGACAGUCGAGCCAUCGUCAGCAACGAGGAUCUACGACCGUCUUCGUCUUGGCUGGAUUUGUGGCGUCACGACUUUUGGGGUACGCCGCUGGAUCACGCCGGAUCGCAUCAGUCUUGGCGUCCUCUCUGCGUCCUCUCUUUUCGUCUCAACUACUCGUGGUCAGGAUUGAACCCGAAAAGCUAUCACAUUGUUAACAUCGUGCUGCACUCGUUGGUGACGCUGUGCCUGACAUUGUUAGUGCAGCCCAUCAUCCGACGUCGGUGGGUCCGCUGGAUCGUCAGUUUAGCAUUCGCCGUCCAUCCCAUCCACUGCGAAGCCGUGGCUUCGAUCGUCGGACGUGCGGAAUUGGGAGCAGCGCUCCACACGCUCGUCGCCCUAUUGGCCUAUCGGGCUCAUCUGAAAGCCCGAGGACGUCGUCGACGACGUAGAUAUCAAGAAAAUAAAGAAGCCACGUCCAACACAAAAGAAGAUCGGCAACAACAAGAAAACGAAGAAGAAGAGGACGAAGAAAGGCAAGGCAAGAAACGAAAGCGAAUCGAGCCUUUGAUAGAAUCGACUCGAGCGCGCCGGAAUCCUUUCCAGCGUCGACAAAGCCCGUUGUCACUAUUCAUCCGCCGGGUCACCAUCUGUUGCUGCUGGUCGCAUCCCCUCAAGAAAAUCCAAUAUCGAGUCACGUCGCCAACGUCCGCGUCUAAUAACGUCCACAAACGUGACCAACAACACGGUCGUCAUCAUCAACCAGACGACGACGAAUUGUCGGGGAACAGAUGGCGUUCCAACGACAAAAAGAAGACGAAAAAAGAUGAGCCGCAAAUCAAAAAAAGCUUCGGCUGUUGCGCCUAUCUUUGGACGUCGCUCGCAGCCGCGGCCUUGGCUAUCUUAUGGAAAGAGACGGGCAUGGUGGCCAUCCCCUUAUGCGCCGUCAUGGAGCUCACCCAGCAUUUUCAAGUCGGCCCGUCUCGUCGUCAACUUCCUAGCAACCGUCAGUCGAGCGAUCGCAACAAUCGUCAUCUUGUUCAGGAGCGAGGCGAAAACAAGAAAACAAUGGCCUACAGAAAUCUAAGCCUGUUGGGGGCUGUUUGGGCCGGCCAGCUGGGACUUCGAAUGUACAUGCUGGGCGGUGAGUCCACGACGGCCCUGCCGUGGUUCGCCGCCGCCGACAAUCCCGUCUCCCGCGACGCCUCCCUCUUGACCCGCACCCUAACCUUCCUUCACCUACCGGCCUUCAAUUUCGGCUUGCUCCUGUGGCCGGCCUGGCUCAGUUUCGACUGGUCCAUGGACUCCAUUUCGCCCGUCACACGAUUCAACGACGCCAGAAAUGUCGCCACCUUCAUUUUCUACGCCGGACUGGCCGUUUUGGUGACCAAAACGCUAAAUCGAUUGAAACAACAAGACGGACACCGCAAACACACAAAGCUGAUCGUAACGGCCCUCUCCUUCCUCGUCCUACCGUUCCUGCCCGCCACUAACCUUUUCUUCUACGUCGGUUUCGUCGUGGCCGAACGAGUCCUCUACAUGCCUUCAAUAGGCUUCUGUCUCCUCCUCGGCGCCGGACUGGAAAAGACCAUGGAUCUCACGCAAUCCAAGAAAUGCGGAUCAAUCAAACGGGAAAAAUUCAUUCGUUUAAUGUUAGCCACGUGUUUCGGUGCGACGUUAAUCAUGUGGUCGGUGCGCACCUUCCAGCGCAAUGGCGACUGGUCCAGCGAGGAGCAACUGUACCGUUCCGGCAUUCCCAUCAACCCCGCCAAAGCUUACGGGAAUUUGGCGGCCAUUUUGGCGAGGGAGCAGCGACAAACCGAGGCGGAACACGCCUACCGCCAAGCCCUGGCGCACCGACCCAACAUGGCAGAGACGCAUUUCAAUCUGGCGCUACUGCUGCAGAGCCAAGGGAGGCAUCAAGAGGCAUCGUCCAGCUACCUCCAGUCCAUCCAUUAUCGACCCAAUCUAGCGGCGGCCUAUCUCAAUUUGGGAUUGUUGUUGAGCAAACAGCAAGGCCAGCACGAGCUAGCAGUUCAUUGGCUGAGCGCUUGCUCCCAGUUGGACGGAUCGGGAGUCAGAGAUCCUCAAGCUCACCGGCACAGUCAAAUUCAAGCGCUCGUCAGUUGGGGCCAACUCGAACUGGCCAGUGGCCAUCCCGAAACGUCCAUUCAACUCUACAAGCAAGCCAUCCGGCGUACACCCACCAAUCUUCAACAAGUCCAGUUGGUGUAUCAUUCGCUGGCGGAAGCCUAUCAAUCGGUGGGCAAUUACUUGGAGAGCGAGCGAUGGUUCAAAGCGGCUGUCGAUCAAGUCCAAGAAUCGCAUUCAAUAGAGCAACAACAGGCGAACGCGAGGCAACAAUACAAGCGGACAAUGAAAACAGCGUCGAGCGGAAGCGACGGCCUACAAACGAGCCGGUCCGAUCAAGUCGCCGCUCAUUUGACCUACGCCCGUUUCCUGGCCAAAAACGCCAGUCGUCACGACGAGGCCGAGCAACUCUUUCGACAGGCCCAGCUCAUGGCUCCAACCGAUCCGGCCGUCUACAUGUUCACCGGUCAGUUCCUGCUGGAAGCCUCAAGACCGCGUGAAGCGGCUGAAUUUUUCGUACGGGCGGCCCACCUGGCGCCGGCCGAUUUCGAAGCCGUUUUCAACGCCGCAACGACACUGAGAGAAGUCAAAGAACUCGACAGAGCAGAGCUCUUUUAUCGCAAAGCCGUCCAGCUGAGACCUGACGAUGUCACCGUCUACCGAAACCUGGGCGCCCUGUUGCACGUCAAGGGCCAAUGGCGCGAAGCUGAAGACAAUUACCAACUAGCCCUUCGGUUGGUGCCCAACGAUCGCAUCACGCUGACCAAUCUGAAUCGACUCCAUCAGCUGGUGGCCGGCAGAUCCAAGAGCCAGCCCAACGUCAACAACAAUUCCAGUCCGCUAACGCCGCAACAGGCAACAGCUACGACCGAAUCGUGAUACUGUUUUGCUUGAAUUGCCCUCGCUCAAAGAGUGUUAUUCAGACAAUCAGAAAAAAACAAAAAAAAAAACAAACAAAGAUGAUGGCAAAUAUUCGUUUCUAUUGCACGGCUAUCUGUUUGUAUAUCCCGCGUGAAAAAAAACAAACAACCCCAUCCUCCUUUUGCGAAUGUUAAUUGAAUGAUAGACAAAAAAAAAAUGCGAAUCAUUCAAAGUGAUUAAAUCAUUGUUUAAACAAGAAAAGGCCUGAUCUCUAUAUAUCUGUAUAAUGAAUGACAUCCAAUUGAUUCAUUUCCCCCACCCACUUUCUCCGCUGCGUGCCUUUUUUUUCCUCCUCGUUAUUACCGGUAACGACAUUCUCGAAUCCAAUUGUUUCAGGAACAAUACGAACCGAUUUUUCGCAAGAGUCGCGAUUUUCUUUUUUUAGAAAAAUAUAAAGACGCACACAAACAACUGCGACAUAGCCCAUCCCUCCAUUAUCCAUUGUUUUGUUCUCUCGAACCCACUCGAAAACUUGCGCAUACCCCAAUUGUUUCCUAUCCAACCAGCUGGCAAAAUUUUCAAGUUUUCUUGUCUGACAUCAUUCCCCUCGGUGAUGACGAAUGCAAAGUGUUUACGAUUUUUGGCAAAUGUUUUAGAGCAGCGACCGAGUUGGCAAACUGGCGCAAGCGCAAAUGGAUGCAAUUUACAGCAAAUCAGGCAAACAAAAAAAUGAAGAUUGAACAUGGAAUCUUGCCAUAUGUAAAACCCAACGUGAAAGGGUUAACCUGUAUAGAUAUUAUCAAUGUAUAAUUGCAAAAAAAAAAAAAAAAAAAAAAAUCAAAUUGCGAAAGAAAGACUGGAGCAAAACACGGUGCGCAUCUGGUUGUGUGUGUGUAACCCACUGUUGUGAAAUUAAUAGAAAUCGGCUGUUGA